AUGAGCAACUGCAGAGCCUGGCGCAUUCCCGUUCCAGGGAAUGUCAGCGCAAACCUCGAGCUCGUCACCAUCCCUCGCCCUUCUGCCGACCAUCUCGACAAGCACGCUGUCCUCGUCCAAGUCGUCUCAGCGAGCAUCUACAAGGGUGACUGGUUCCCGAUAGAGAUUGGGGGUAUCUCCAAGAUUAUGGGCUCAUAUCCGAGGUCGCCGGGCUACGAUUUUGGCGGCUAUGUAGUCGCUGUCGGGCGCAAGGUCACAGGCGUGAACCCAGGCGACCCAGUCUUCGGCCGGAUGGAUCCGUUCAAGCAGGGCUCUCUCGCCGAAUAUAUUGUCGCACCCUUUGAGGGUCUGGCUGUGCUUCCAUCCAACGUCGAUCCGCGCCUGGCAGGUACUGUUGGCACCUGCGCCCUCGCAGCAUACCAGGCCAUUGCGCCGUUUGUCGAGCCCGGCGAUAAGGUUCUGAUCAAUGGUGGGUCAGGAGGUGUUGGUACCUUUGGCAUCCAGAUCGCUAGGGCAUUGGGCUGCAGUGUUACAGUCACCUGUUCUGCAGAAAAGGCUCAACUCUGUAAAGAUCUCGGCGCGGAAGACGUGAUCGACUACAAGCACGAGGACGUUAUGACGGCGCUGCGACAGAGAGGCAAGAUCUUUGCGCACGUUGUGGACGCAAUUGGCGGUUCGCCUACUGAUCUGUUUCUGGGUUGCGACAAUUUCAUACUGCCGGGGAAGAAGCGGCACUUUGCCCAAGUUGGGGGAGGCAUCACUGGAGCAUCCUACGUCAACACAGUCGUCGGUACGCAGCUCCCACACUUCCUCGGGGGUACCAGAACCAAGACUAAGUCCAUAAUUGCAACAAAUACGCACGAGGAUAUGAAGCAAAUUGCAGUGUGGAUGGGCGAAGGAAAAGUGAAGCCAGUCAUUGAUUCGACCUUUUCGUUCGAGCAGGUGCCUGACGCGUUCGCCAGACACAAGAAAGGCGGGAUGGCAGGGAAGAUCCUGAUCGAUGUAGUCGAGAGCAAGGAAUACGCGGGCUAA